AUGAAUCGAAUUCCAGAUCUGGUCCGUGACUCGCAGCUCGACACAAGAUUCCAUCCUAAAUACACAACUCACGUCUAUUAUGAAUCGGGCCCUACCCCUCGCAAGCGAGUACUUGUAAGAGAAGAAUAUUGGAAGCGGGAAAAAUAUAUCGGAGGGGGCUCUUUCGGAAGUGUAUGGUUGGAAAAAUGCGUGAAGGGGCAGCGGGAGGUCGAAGUACGGGCCGUGAAAGAGAUUCCGAAGCCCCAGCAACCUUCGAGGCCUGUUAACUACAACCGCGAACUAGAAGCUAUGGCAAAGUUCUCACAUUGGAAGUACGAACGAUGUUUCGUAAAGUCUUUUGGGUGGUAUGAAGGAGCCGAUGCUUUGUUCAUUGCCAUGGAAUACUUCCAGCAUGGUGACCUGCAAAAAUACCUGUCCUCCACACCGCCAUUAUCAGAAUCAGAAUCCCAACAGAUCUCGUUGCAGAUUCUUGAGGGACUCUCGUUCCUCCAUGGAAACGGCUUUGCACAUAGGGAUCUGAAACCUGGUAAUAUCCUGAUCAAGUCAACACCGCCAGAGCAAUGGUGGGUUAAAAUCGGUGACUUUGGCAUCAGCAAGCGCGCUGAAGAUGGUGUCGCGGUAUCGUCAACUUUGAAAGGGACCUUGGGUUUUAUGGCGCCAGAAUUGCAUGGAUUUGCAGAGGUGGGAAGUAACCCAACCUCUUACAAUGCACAAAGAGCAGACAUCUGGUCCGUAGGUGAGAUUGCAUUUCGGAUGCUCACCAAAGAACCGACCUUCAGAAACAUGGCCGCUCUUUUCACUUAUGUCCACAAACCCCAGACUUUCCCCUCUGCUCUCUUGGACGCGCAUAAUGUUAGCCCUCUAGGAACAGAAUUCAUAAAAUCCACAAUGAUGCCAGCACCGGAAAUGCGCCCAACCGCGCAAGAAGCUCUGCUUCACAAGUGGAUAGAGUUUUAUAGAUCUCUUGGUGAGAGACCAGCUUCAAUCGCAUCAACAAGGUCAUCUCUUUAUCAAGAACCAUAUUCAGCUGUUGUAUCGGAUUCACUCACCGAACCGUCAGGAAGAUGGAGUACUGUUCCCAUUUCUGAGCUCCGACCGCCUCCGACGCAUUCUACAAGCGCAGAGGAGCAGAGUGGCCUGAAGGAGCAUAUUCUCGAGUCGGAAACCCCAACGGGAAGCACCAUGAAAGUGACAACCGCAAACCGCAUCUCUCCUUUAUCCCCUACGGCCGGUUUUCAGCAAAGUCCGGAACUUGAAGGGAUUGGACAUCGAGAAUACCAGAUAUCCGCAAGCCCUGUAGCAUCGGAUGGUCAAUCCCAAAAUGGAAAUCUGUGGUCGGGUUUACCGACCGCUAGAACCGAGAUGGUACAAAAUGAAGAACCCUUCAUUCGUCCAAGGCGUCCAGAUGCAGCCGCCUCUCUCUCUUCGACAACGGACUUGCCAUAUAGGCCCCAAGCUACGAAUCAGGCUCCUUAUUCUGGCAAAUAUGAAACCCUAGCUACGAAUCAGGUUCCUUAUUCUGGCAAAUAUGAAACCCUAGCUACGAAUCAGGUUCCUUAUUCUGGCAAAUAUGAACCCCUAGCUACGAAUUGGGCUCCUUAUCCUGACAAAUAUGAUGAGUCUGGAUUAUUCGGUGACAUUUGGCCUGUCACUCAUCAGCAAUCAUUUCACCAGCACAAGGACUCUCUCUCUCCUUUUGAGCACGACGAAUUCGAAGCCAAUGCCAUCCAGUCCGCCGAGGGGCCACAAUCUGCAGACCAGUGGGUACAGCAGUCGAGGCAAGUGCGCCCAAUAGAGCUCUUUCGGGGCAACCUCGUCGUCGACCACCCGGUUCCCGAAGCCAUCUUGAAACAAGUUCCUCAUGCAGAGCCACCUAUGCGGGACGAGUUCACGCACUUCAGGUAUACGGCAGUGGUCUGUGAUCCUUCUAACUUUACGAACGAACACUACCAGCUACGCCCAUCCCUCUUUGCAAAGCCGCGUCACACAGAGCUUCUUAUCAUAGUUCCAUGUGCUGGAGCUGAUCGGAUGGCAUUUGCCAAGACGGUGCAGACUAUUAUCCUUGAACUCAUUAGACUGAGUUCCAGAGACGACUUUCGCAGACUCUGUAGCGACAACAGAAGCUGGAAGUCCAUCGUGCUUUGUUUUCUCGGCGACAAAGAUUAUAUGGACCCUUCCAUAUUGGAUGUCCUUGGGAACCUUGGUCUCCCAACGACGCCAUGGGACUUUGUGGUCGACGUAUGUGAAGCCGCGGACAAGGACCGGACGCGGAUAAGUCACCACCGCUACGAUGAUGGAGUUUGUUAUCCUCGCCAAAUAAAAGGCCGAAAAACCACAGCUCGUAUUUAUGAGUAUACAACUCAAUUCACUGUUGUAACAGACGAAAUGGAGUCCAUAACUGUCAAACCGGGAGAAACACCUAUUCAAACUAUCCUUUGCUUGCAAGAAGCUAGCCGACCGAUCGACAACAAUCCUUGGAUUCGUGCCAUUGGUGGGAGCUUAAGGGCCAGAUUGUGCAUUAUUGUCGAAACAGGAACGAAAGUCAAGGAAAAUUCUAUUUAUCGGACUUGGGAGUCUCAGGCGACUUGGUGGGACGGUAACAUGGCUGCAGAUGGCCAGUACCUCAAAAUCGUAUAUAACAAGGAGUCGAGUGUAAAAACAUGGCUCGCUCAGUUCGGAGAAAACAUAAAUCGCAAGUCAAUGCAAAGCCUCGAAUAUGUGAGGACUCUUCCAAGGGAGGAGAGGAAGGUCGUUCUGAAAUGCUUACAAGCAGCGACUGAAAGCGUAUUUGCUCUGGCGACAAUCGUUAUUCUUGUUGGAUUUAUGGCUCUUCCAUCUCUGCCUGUGAUCGUGGCAGCGGACGAAUGUUCCCAGGAUGAGAAUCGAGGUCCGGAUGAGGAGGUCGACCAGUAG